AUGGAGAACAAUGUGAGUGUGGAGAAGGAACAACAACAAGCAGAAAUCAAUAAAGAGAACAAAGAGAAUGAGGAAAUUCAACAAAUCAGUGAUACAAAUGAUAAAGUGGUUGAAAAGGAGACUAGCGGUGAGGAAAAGGAGGGAACUGUAGAUAACAUGGCUAUGCAUAACAGCUUUAGCACUCAAGAUUUGGUUGAUAACACUGAACGGGGAGGCAUUAAUAAAGGUGAGUACAACAAAAGUAUUAUACACAAUGCUGAUUAUCCUUUGGAUGCUGAUGCUGAUGAUCAGCAGGAAUUUAUAGAGUUAUGUGAAAAGACUGGAGUUUCACCUCCUAGUAGAGGGGUGAGGUCUAAAAAGGCCAUACAGAGACUCAAAAGAUUGGUUAACAAAUAUAAAGUUGAUAUGGUUGCUAUUUCAGAACCUUUGAAAGACUAUUAUUCUGUCUCCAUCAUGCAAGAUCAUGAGCAACAAGUUACCCUUAGCAUCCAAACAAAUCAAAGUAGGGACAUGAUGUAUAUCACAACUAUUUAUGCCAAAUGUACUAAGGCAGACAGAAAAGAGCUUUGGGCCAGUUUGGAAGAUUUGAACAAAAUUAUUAAGGGCCCUUGGAUCAUUGGUGGGGACUUCAAUGUUAUCCUUCAGCCUGAAGAAAAAUUGGGAGGAUUACCCCAUAGAAACUCCAAGAGUUUUGAUUUAUUUGAAUGUAUGGACUCCUGUGGUAUGUCAGAUGUAGGCUUCCAUAGUUCUAAAUAUACAUGGUGCAAUAAUUGGAGGCCAAGCAUAAGAAUAUGGAAAAGGCUUGAUAGAGUGUUUAUUAAUGAUGACUGGACCAAGAUGUAUGCUAACAAUUUUGUCAAACAUUUAGCUAGAACUGACUCUGAUCACAGGCCUUUAUUAGUUAGAUGUGAUAAUGGGCAUAUUGAUGGGCCUAAGUAUUUCAAAUUUUUGGAUUUCUGGACCACCCAAGAUGAUUUCUUAGAGGUUGUCAGAAUGAAUUGGAAUCAAAGUGUUACUGGAAAUUUAGUGUGGAUUCUUCAGCAAAAGCUUAAAGUGUUGCUAGAAGACUCUCUAUUUGGUCAAGACAGAAAAUUGGUGUUUAAUCUUAAGCCCAGAACUCCUGAUCUCAGGAUCUCGGAGUGUAUCCCUAACUGCAUCAACAAAGAGGAUAAUGAUCAUAUCUCCAGCUGCCUUAAGGAAGAGGAAAUCAAAUCCACAGUUUUUGACAUGAGUGAUGAUAGUGCUGCUGGACCAGCUGGGUUCUCAGCUUUAAUCCCUAAGGUAGAUUCUCCUGCUAAUUUUUCUGAUCUUAGGCCUAUUAGUAUUAAUAAUUUUUCCAGUAAAAUCAUUACUAAAAUACUUUCUAAAAGGCUUAAUCCAUUGCUUCCUUUCAUUAUUUCUGAAAAUCAAAGUGGUUUUUUGAAAGGAAACUUAUCACUGAAAAUAUUUUGUUAA